CUACCACUGAAAAAGCGCCAUCUCUUGCCAUUGGACAUGUUUUCAGGUGUCCUAUUGCCAAAUUUUUUUUUUUUAGUUUUUGUGUGCUGCAAGUGAAAAAAAUAUUUCCAAGUGGAAACAAACUUUAAUUGAGGAUGCAGAUCUUCGUGAAAACCUUGACAGGCAAGACCAUCACUUUGGAAGUGGAGCCUUCGGACACUAUCGAGAACGUUAAGGCCAAAAUCCAAGACAAGGAAGGAAUUCCCCCAGACCAGCAGCGUUUGAUCUUUGCUGGAAAGCAACUGGAAGACGGUCGUACCUUGUCGGAUUACAAUAUCCAAAAGGAAUCAACUCUUCAUUUGGUUCUGCGUCUGCGCGGAGGUAUGCAGAUCUUCGUGAAAACUUUGACAGGCAAGACUAUUACUUUGGAAGUGGAGCCUUCGGAUACUAUCGAAAACGUUAAGGCCAAAAUCCAGGACAAGGAAGGAAUUCCCCCAGAUCAGCAGCGUUUGAUCUUCGCUGGUAAGCAGCUGGAAGACGGUCGUACCCUGUCGGAUUAUAACAUCCAGAAGGAGUCUACUCUUCAUUUGGUUCUGCGUCUACGUGGUGGAAUGCAGAUCUUCGUGAAAACCUUAACCGGUAAGACCAUCACCUUGGAAGUGGAGCCUUCGGACACUAUCGAGAACGUUAAGGCUAAGAUCCAGGAUAAGGAAGGCAUUCCCCCAGACCAGCAGCGUUUGAUUUUCGCUGGUAAGCAGCUGGAAGACGGUCGUACCUUGUCCGAUUAUAACAUCCAAAAGGAGUCCACUCUUCAUUUGGUUUUACGUCUACGCGGAGGUAUGCAGAUCUUUGUUAAAACCUUAACCGGUAAGACCAUCACCUUGGAAGUGGAACCGUCGGACACUAUCGAGAACGUUAAGGCUAAGAUCCAAGACAAGGAAGGAAUUCCUCCAGACCAGCAGCGUUUGAUUUUCGCUGGUAAGCAGCUGGAAGACGGUCGUACCUUGUCGGAUUAUAAUAUCCAAAAGGAGUCCACUCUUCAUUUGGUUUUACGUCUACGCGGAGGUAUGCAGAUCUUUGUUAAAACCUUAACCGGUAAGACCAUAACCUUGGAAGUGGAACCGUCGGACACCAUUGAAAAUGUUAAGGCUAAGAUCCAGGAUAAAGAAGGAAUUCCUCCAGAUCAGCAGCGUUUAAUCUUCGCUGGUAAGCAACUGGAAGACGGCCGUACCUUGUCGGAUUACAAUAUCCAAAAAGAGUCUACUCUUCAUUUGGUUCUGCGUUUACGCGGAGGUAUGCAGAUCUUCGUGAAAACCUUGACAGGCAAGACUAUUACUUUGGAAGUGGAGCCUUCGGACACCAUCGAAAACGUUAAGGCCAAAAUCCAGGACAAGGAAGGAAUUCCCCCAGACCAGCAGCGUUUGAUCUUUGCUGGUAAGCAGCUGGAAGACGGUCGUACCUUGUCGGAUUAUAACAUCCAGAAGGAGUCCACUCUUCAUUUGGUUUUACGUCUACGCGGAGGUAUGCAGAUCUUUGUUAAAACCUUAACCGGUAAGACCAUCACUUUAGAAGUGGAACCGUCGGACACCAUUGAAAAUGUUAAGGCUAAGAUCCAGGAUAAGGAAGGAAUUCCCCCAGACCAGCAGCGUUUGAUCUUCGCUGGUAAGCAACUGGAAGACGGUCGUACCUUGUCGGAUUAUAAUAUCCAAAAGGAGUCUACUCUUCAUUUGGUUCUGCGUCUACGUGGUGGAAUGCAGAUCUUCGUGAAAACCUUAACCGGUAAGACCAUCACCUUGGAAGUGGAGCCUUCGGACACUAUCGAGAACGUUAAGGCUAAGAUCCAGGAUAAGGAAGGCAUUCCCCCAGACCAGCAGCGUUUGAUUUUUGCUGGUAAGCAACUGGAAGAUGGCCGUACCCUGUCGGAUUACAACAUCCAGAAGGAGUCUACUCUUCACUUGGUCCUUCGUCUUCGAGGUGGAAACUGAAUCAAAAUACCGCGUCUCAGCGAUGGCGUUCAUGUUAAAGAACGCAUUCGAAAAUUCAAUGAUCGAAUUGACUAAAUUGAUAUCCCGAUUAAUGUACCCUUUCGUUUUUUGCCUAUCCCAACUCGUUUGGCAUUAAAACAUUGAAGAUUCGAAUAAAAAAAUAUCUGAAAUAAA